AGAGCAGCGCUUUGGGUAUAGUAGAAGGUGCUGAAGAGUGAGAGUAAUCUGGGGCAGGCGCAGAAACACUCCACACGCCUAGCUGAGGUUUUUGGCGGCGCGGAUAUAUAUUUAUAUAUAGCCUAUAUAUUUUUGUUUGGGAGGGGGUUGGCGAUCUUUUAAAACCAUGCUGGAUUGACUUAGAGAAAGCAGCUGUAAUCAAUGGCGUGGCUUUGAAAUCGUUGACAAAUUAUUGGGAAAGGAGUGCGAGACAGAGCGACAGUGGGGAGAGGGAGAGAGCGGCGAGAGAGAGGGCUGGAAAUAAAGAUUCCUUUCAGCGAUGGAGCUUACAAUGGAGAACAUCGGAAAUCUGCACGGCGUGUCUCACUCUCAUCAGACAAGCGACUUAAUGAACUCCCCGCACGCGCGUCAGUCAACAGCGUCGCAUCGGAACUUGGUGUCGCACGGGCGCUCAGCCAUGGUGUCCAGCAUGGCCUCGAUACUUGAGGGAGCCGGGGACUACCGCACAGACCACGCUCUCUCCGGGCCCCUGCACCCGGCCAUGACCAUGUCCUGCGACUCAGGAAUGAGCCUCAGCAGCACCUACACCACACUGACGCCGCUGCAGCACCUGCCCCCCAUAUCCACCGUAUCGGAGAAAUUUCACCAUCCUCAUCCUCAUGCUCACCAUCAUCCGGCGCACCAAAGGCUCGCUGCUGGGAAUGUCAGCGGCAGCUUCACCCUGAUGAGAGAUGACCGCAGCCUCGCCUCUAUGAGUAACCUCUAUGGCCACUACCCCAAAGACAUGUCCGGAAUGGGGCAGCCCCUGUCCCCGCUCUCUAAUGGCCUUGGUUCUCUACACGGGUCGCAGCAGACCCUGAGCGCCUAUGGUCCUGGAGCUCACCUGUCUAACGACAAGAUGCUUUCGUCAGGGGGGUUCGAGUCCCACGCAGCCAUGCUGUCCCGGGGCGAGGAUCACCUGGCUCGAGGUCUCGGGGGCCACGGGGCCGGGCUCAUGACAUCCUUGAACGGCAUCCACCAUCACAGCCAUCCGCACACUCAGGCAAACGGAUCGAUGCUGUCGGACCGGGACAGGCAGACGGUGGUAGGUGGAGGGCAGGGAGCCGGGUCGGGACAGGUGGAGGAGAUAAACACCAAGGAAGUGGCGCAACGGAUAACGGCGGAGCUCAAGCGCUACAGCAUUCCGCAGGCUAUCUUCGCGCAGAGGAUCUUGUGCCGGUCCCAGGGAACUCUGUCCGACCUACUGCGGAACCCUAAACCGUGGAGUAAACUCAAAUCCGGCCGAGAGACGUUCAGGAGGAUGUGGAAGUGGCUGCAGGAGCCUGAGUUUCAGCGGAUGUCAGCGCUCAGGCUUGCAGCCUGCAAGCGCAAAGAACAGGAGCAACACAAGGACCGCAACACAGCGCCUAAAAAACAGCGUCUAGUCUUCACGGACCUGCAGCGUCGCACACUCAUCGCCAUCUUUAAGGAAAACAAACGCCCGUCCAAGGAAAUGCAGAUCACCAUCUCCCAGCAGCUUGGCCUGGAACUCAGCACCGUCAGCAACUUCUUCAUGAAUGCUCGCCGCCGGUGCGUGGAUCGCUGGCACGACGACCAUGGGGCCAGCCCCGGGCAGCCGGGAACCUCCACCACCACUUUCUCCAAGGCCUGAGAGAUGAAGGAGGAGGCCUUCAAGAGUGCUGGGUAGCCAGGUUUGGAGCAGCAGGCGUCACAAGGAGGUGGCUGUGAAACCUGUCUCUGAUGACCCUACCUGGCCUGGACUGCCUGAAAAAAAAACCCUUCGUGCCAUGCAAUCAUCAUUCUUGUCAGUCAAAAUCUCAAACUCUCACUUGAAAGAAGUAGAAUUUAAGAGGUGAGGUGUGAAGUCAGGUUCACUCUGCUUUACUCACACAAGGACAAUCAUUGAUUUAGUCUUUUUUGUGUUUUGUUUUUAAAAAUCUUUUUAAAAACAUCUGACAAAGCAAAGAGACACCAAAGAUUUGAUCAUUUUCUUGGACGGUUUUUACAUUUUGCCAGCCUCCUCCUUAGCCACCCUACCAACAACCCUUAACUCACCUCCUUUGUGUCUGCCUCCUUUGUCAUGUCCUCUCUAUGGAAGCAACAAGGGCAAAAGAACGGCAAUAAAUCUGACGAGACAACAGCACAUAGCCUUAUUAUCAGUGCCCCAUCCUGCACAUUCACACAUGUAGAGAGAGGGAAGGCGUCGUCAAGAAAAUUGUGCAGCUUGUGAAAAAACAAGAAGGUUUUUGAAUUUGCUGCCUCCACCUCCACUCCCUUUUCCCCCUGUAGUCUCCUUCAUUUCUCAGCCAAAGGUAUUCCCUGAUGACCAGCCAUUUCAGAGAGCAGCUCAGGCUGAUCAUACAGCAAACUAAUGAAUUGAAAAAUGAAUCGAUGCAGAUGGAGAAAGUGGCUCCUUGACCCCCACCCCCCCUUUCUGCCUUGUGAAGGUGAAAUUCAAGAUUCUCAGCAGGAGAUCUCAACCUCUUCCAGGCCCAGGUUAUAUUUUUGCACAGAUGUCAAAGGGCCUGCAGGGAGAGAUGUCAUUGUUACUCCUAGCCUGAGCCCACAGAGUCUGAGUUUCCCUGACCAAAUGGAGGGGCCGGCAAGAUGUCUGGACAUGCUCUUUGUUCUGCUGGGAGCCUGAAUCAAUAGCUGGGAACCGAACGAUGACAACAACACGCUCGGGCAUCCAGCCAAACUACAUUACAGCUGCGUAUUAAAAAAAAAAAGCAGAGGAGCACACAGAAGACAACACAAAGGCCUCCACAGCAGCAAGCAACAAACCAACAGCACACCACUUUGUCCUGGUCCUGUCCACACUGGCAGAGCAACAGUGCCCCCUGCUGUUGUCAAUAGAGACCUGUAAACAGCAGAAUAAAAUACAAAAAAAGGGAGGGGGUGUUGGGAUAGGUGGGAGAAUUCAAAAAUGCUGCACUAGAUGCUGAGGAGAAGUCACGGCACAACACAUUCAGGGCCUCACAGCUCUUUGAAGGGGGAUCAAUACUUUACCAUUAUCCUAUUGUUGUUCCUCAUCCAACCAGCACUGGAGGAGGGGGGUGGUUGAGACGAAUGAUGAAAAUAACGCAGGGAUUUAGCAAAGGCAGGGAAUUACUGUAUGUAGGCAGGAAUUAACAAAUCAAAAAAUACUACUGAAAAAGCAGAGAGAAGUGCAUCAGGGGGAAACAGAAAGGCGAGACAGACUCAGUGGAGGUUUAAAUUUAAGCAUUUCUUGUUUGGAGGCUUUAUAUUUUGCAUUCAUUUUUUUCGGUCUGCAAAAAAACUCUGAAAAUAAUAAUUUAUUGCAAACCUUACGGUUAUGGAACAGUAGCUAACCCAAAGCAAAACCAACACACCCACAGCAACAAACAGUGCCAAUGCUUACUGCCUUAAUGUGAGAAUACGGUACUAAGGUCCACACACUCCACAGUGCACCUCACUGAUGACAGGCAGUGUGUGCCAUAGCAACAAUCAGCAUUCAACUUAAUUCAAAUAUACUUGUUUUUUAGUAAAAGAAAAUAGAAAAAAAAAGAACCUGAAACAACUAAAGCAGG